GCAAUAGUCAUAUCUUCAUGGUGCAAGCUCAACUUGAAUUUGAGAGACGGCCACUGAAGCGGCAACCAAUGAUAAUUCUCAACCGCACACCAUCACCUAUACGUGUGCGACCUGAGCUGCGGCUGCCUUGCUGCCCAAAAUCGCCAACAACAUAGACCUUGCGACCCAUUCCUUCCCCCCAUAUCUUCUUCGUCGACCCGAAUCUCACUGGACAGUUAGUCUACGAUGGCCUCGCCACUGAGCGUCGGCGACUGUAUCGCCAUUAUCGGAGUGAUCGUCAAGUGUGUUGACGCAGUUUGUGGUUCAUCUGAUGACGCAAAGGCUCUGGAGGGCUUGAAAGGCGACCUUGCCCACAUGCGGGAGUCGCUAGAGGAACUCUUGUCUCCAUCGUCUGCUUGGUGCUCGGCAUCCCAUGCCACGCUAGGCAGGCUCAACAGCACGAUCGAUCGAUGCCGCGACGCACUUAGAGAACUCGCAACACUGACGGAGAAAUACGGGCCUCGAAAAUCCCGGUUUGCCACCUUUUACAGCCAGAUUACUUGGGCAAUCUCUGGCAAAACCAAAGUCGCGCCCAUCCAGUGCCGAAUUCAGAACCUCACGGCCGCUCUUUUGCUCAUACAAGGCGACAUCAUCAGGCAAACCAUUGACGACCUGGGUGCGUCCGGGGAACGAGGCAACCGCCGCCUUGCUCGUCAACUACACCAAAGCAAAGAGGAGGUCAAAUACCACAUAUACGCCGCGAUAGACGAGCCGUGGGACCAGAAACCUAUUCGAUUUCAAGAUGCUAUGGGAAGGCGCUUUCCAGUGCCGCUGGAGAUCUGUCGCCGUUUCUCAGACUUUCUGGAGUUUCUCGCGUUCAGUUUCAAGGGGCACGACCUGCUGCCUUUUGUCGCGCACAAGAACAUCUGGCUGUUCACUCCCAGCGAGAAUGGCUCUCGCUGGUGGUAUCUCAUCCAUGAGGGUGACUGGGCUGCGGCUGCGCGUCCAGGAGUGAAGUUGGGCAUGUCGAUCUUCCGCGAACAUGUGUGGCAGCCACCCAACAUGUACUCUUCCAUCAGCCUUUCCCGACCGAUUCCACCUUGGAGCACGCUUCCCGAGAAUCUCGAAUUCCGCUGGUGGUCUCAACCACCCCUUUCAGGCCCCAUCUCUAUGGAGGAGCCUAGACGUGACCCGACCAUAGAUCCCAUCUCGGAUAAGUCGGGCCCGGAUCAGGGGCGGGACCCUUUGUGUGAAGGCCCAGCUGUCGGUAUGGAGAGCGAGACAAUCGGGAGGCCAACGAGCAAAGUCGGCUUGGACCCCCGAGUACACCAGGCAUUCCUUAGGUGCCUACGUGUAGAGGACCUGAACCCAUAUCAGUUCUGCCUUGCCUGCGACAAGCAGAUCGUCGGUGCGGCCUACUGCUCCAAAUCCUGCAAGCUAUCAAAUUGGUCGAUUACGGGAAAACACCAUGAUCAAAACCCACGUCUGUCGCGGACCUUAGACACUAGGAACGAGAAUGACGACAAUCCCCGCGCUGAGAGCGAAGGUGACUUCGACAGGAACUUCGAUGUGGACAGCGACCUCGGCUUGGGCUGGGACUCCGACUUUGAGUGCGAGUUUGACUGGAGGGAGUUCUGUGACGGCAGCGAUACCGGUGAUUGGCCACGGGGUUGAGGUUCAACAGUUGGCUUGCCACGACAAUAGAGGACAGUAUAGUAUAUCACAGCUUCCAUGCCCGUUAAAGCGGCGCAGUGCUUGACAUUUACGCACGCCACGAUACUCUUCAUAUCCUCUAUCCCCAUCGAGAAUUCAAUCUCAAAAAGUUCGUGAU